UGUAGUUGACCAAUAAUGACUUGGGGAUUUGUGACCUGUGGCCCAAAUGAAGCACUUGUCGUAUCAGGAUGCUUCUAUAUGAAACCAUUGUUGGUGCCCGGCGGUCGAGCCUUUGUCUGGCCGUCGAUUCAACAAGUACAACGCAUUUCAUUGAAUACGAUGACGCUGCAAGUGGAAAGCCCAUGUGUAUACACAAGUCAAGGUGUGCCAAUCUCUGUCACUGGCAUUGCUCAGGUCAAGGUGCAGGGCCAGAACGAGGAUAUGCUCCUGACUGCCUGCGAGCAAUUCCUGGGCAAAACGGAGGCGGAAAUUAAUCACAUCGCUCUGGUCACACUGGAGGGUCACCAGCGCGCCAUUAUGGGCUCUAUGACCGUGGAGGAGAUCUACAAGGAUCGCAAGAAGUUCAGCAAGCAGGUGUUCGAGGUGGCAUCCAGCGAUCUGGCCAACAUGGGUAUCACUGUGGUGUCCUACACCAUUAAGGAUCUGCGUGACGAGGAGGGCUAUCUGAGAUCGUUGGGCAUGGCUCGUACGGCUGAGGUGAAGCGUGACGCUCGCAUCGGUGAGGCAGAGGCACGUGCCGAGGCUCACAUCAAGGAGGCCAUUGCCGAGGAGCAGCGUAUGGCGGCCCGUUUCCUCAACGACACCGACAUUGCCAAGGCCCAGCGCGACUUUGAGCUGAAGCGUGCUGCUUACGAUCUGGAGGUGCAGACCAAGAAGGCCGAGGCUGAUAUGGCUUACGAGCUGCAGGCGGCAAAGACCAAGCAGCGCAUAAAGGAGGAACAGAUGCAGGUGAAGGUCAUCGAGCGUACCCAGGAAAUAGCCGUGCAAGAGCAGGAAAUAAUGCGUCGCGAGAAGGAGCUGGAUGCCACCGUGCGUUGCCCAGCUGAGGCUGAAAAAUAUCGUCUCGAAAAGUUAGCCGAGGCCAACAAGCUACGUGUCGUGAUGGAAGCCGAAGCCGAGGCUGAAUCGAUUAAAAUCCGUGGCGAAGCUGAGGCGUUUGCCAUUGCGGCCAAGGCAAAGGCUGAGGCCGAGCAAAUGGCACAGAAGGCCGAUGCCUAUCGUGAAUAUCGUGAGGCUGCCAUGGUGGAGAUGCUGUUGGAUACGCUCCCCAAGGUUGCCGCCGAGGUGGCUGCACCCUUGUCACAGGCCAGAAAGAUAACCAUGGUGUCGAGUGGCCAGGGCGACAUCGGUGCCGCCAAGUUGACAGGCGAGGUAUUGGCGAUUGUCAACAAAGUGCCGGAGCUGGUUAAGAGCAUUACUGGCGUCGACAUUGCCAGGUCUGUGCAUGCUGGCUAAAUGUCCGAAUCCAAAAAUACUCUCCAAAAUAAAAUACCACUCCAAAAUAUAUUUCGAAACAAAACGAAACAAACAAUUCUGCAAAAUAAUUGAGACAAAGCGCAUUUACUCGUUUACUUUCAACAAAUUUUUUGUAUGUAACAAGUGUAAUUUUGCACAAAAAUUUAAAUAGCUAAAACAUAUUUUGUAUUCAAUAUAAAUAUAAGAAUUAUAAAUGUAUAUGUAUUUAUAUAUGUCUUUAUACAAGAGAUCUACACAAAACUCAUUUAAAUUUCAAAUAAAUGCGGCAAACAGUCGCUACAGUUUA